AACCUUCCCUCUUUAGGUUGGCCGUGUUUAACCACCAAACACCGAAAGGGCGGACUGGGCAACGCUGACUGGCCUCUGUCUGUAAAGGCAAUGGAAAAAACGGAAACGUGUGGAUUCCGUCGUGACCGCUUACCUCCGACGAGGGAAGCAAACAUGGGGCGGAUGUUCCACAGCUAACUCUGAUGCUUGUAUUAUUGCUGCCCUAGGCACUCACCUCAUCAGCCUUGCAGGGGCGCUACUCAAUGGAACGUGAACAACGUGAAACCAUUGUUUAGAGCACAAACUAAGCACAUAUCGCGGUCAACAUACAACACCACCCACCCUGUUGUUCAACAUAUGUUCCGAUGGCUAUCGAAAACUAGUGUCCAGCACGCAACACGCACGCAACUCCCUACCGACUGGAUGCUAGUAGUUGCCAGUGCUGCCGUCCUUCGCGGCAGAUGAUUCCGUUCCGUGCAAACAACAUGUGGUACUACUACCUCAUUAUACUGUGGCUUACCGUGCUGAUCUACACUGCAAACUGCAUUUGGGUGGUGGAGAUCAACAAGUUGCAUAAAUCGUGUGAAAACCCUAGCAAACGAGCGCCCUUCCCGCUCGAUAUGUCCAAGGUGCAGAUCUACCUGUCCGAGGAGGACAAGCUGGUGUUGAACGGUGAGGUGACGUUCACGCAGGACAUCUUUCCACCGUGGGGGAUUUCGAUCUACACCCACAAAUUGGACCACGGCGAAUGGACCCCGACGGCGUACACCAAGAGCGCCUUCAAUCUGUGUCUGGAGAUGCACGCGAGCCACGAAAUUUGGUACAUCAUUACAAAGCAAUUGAACAAAACCAACUGUCCUUAUCGGAAGGGUUAUGUAGAAAAGUUCGACAUGGUUGACAUCGGAAGUUUCGGUUUCGAUGAUGUGCUGCAGGAUCUUGUCGGUGACUGGAGAAUUUUUGUCGACUUUAGAUUGGGUUCGGUACCGCACAAGCUGCAAAUUUCCUGUAUGAUGUAUGAAAUUUCCAUACUAGAACACUGACAAACACACAUAAAAAGGAAGAAUCUCACCAAAAAGGUGCUUAUUUUAUCUGUAAAAGUUGGCAGCAAUUAGAGUGCUGGUUUGAAAUUUCCAAAAGAAAGGCAAAAUAAAUAUUCUAAAUUUGUUUGAGAGGUUGUUGGCGGGUUAGCGAUGAAGACACCGAUACAGGAUCCAUUUCUGAGAGCACAAACGAACUGUACCUUGGUCAUAUCUUCCACACUAAUGACAAUAGUGUUGAAAAGAACGUUCCAUCUUGCCCUGAACCACAUUUAAACCAAAGGAAAAGUAGAACAUCUCAUUUUCCUCAAAGACGCACUUUAAACCAAUGCCAAAUCAAUCCCAGCCAUGGUCCCUCCAUCGAAACGUAUUCUAAUGACGCGACCACUACUGCUGGGUGCGAGAAUGCAUUGGAACCGAUUUCAUCUCGUCUCUCGCGCUACCUUCAUCUGCGACCGCUUUUGUCUGUAUCCAGGUCGGGUGGCACAAUUAACGGCGUUUAACCACUAAUCGUCCGUCUUGCAUCCAUCGCACCAAGCAGCCAGUCCGAUUGGACGCACAAAAUGAGUGCGAAAAAACGACCAUCACCACCACCAUCACCACCACCACCGUCCAGCAUAAUGACUAGCCAGUAGCCUCCAAAAAAUAGAUCUACACCAUACGGCACCACCAGACAACAGACAGCGAACCCGUUGGUUGUUGGGGGGGGGUAAAUUUUGCAUUCAACAUAACAUAUUUUGUGUUUCUCUUUUUUCUUGUGUUGUCUACAUGUGUUCAAUAUCGCGAUGAUCAUCUGUGGUGGUGGUUAGCGUUGGUUAAUUGUUGCUGCAAAAGCUGACUGAAUUUCGCCCGCUUAAUAAUUGAAUUACAAUCCUCACGUGGCCCUCAAACCGUUGAUCGGUGGUUUUGCGAUCGAGAGCUACUGCCGAGCGAUCAAGCAUUGAGGAUCGAGUACACCGGGUAAGCGGGUUACAGCAACUACAUAGUGUUGGAAUACUGGAAUACUUUAAAAAUAUAUAAAAUUUAAAAAACAUUUCGUACAUUAAACCAUUCGAUUCAUUAAAGAACUGAAAUAUUUUAAAAUUUAACUCACACUACUUCUGAACUGCUUCAACUUCAAUUGGUUGUAAACCUUCGAAACAAAAAAAAACAAAAGCAACGGUCGAACACAAGCAAUCACCGCACAAAAGGGAGGCAUACUCGCGGUCUAUUCACCCAAAACUUUUGUUCCACACACACACACACACAGACAUAAACAGCGAGCUGAAGGUGCCGCUUCUAAUUGCAAAUUGAGAUCAAUAACGAUCAUUAAAGCUGUAGCUUGGUCCGCGGCAGUAGUAGUACCCGUGCAGCACCACACUCUACACCACGAUCUCCAAUGUUCCACACAAGUUAGAAACUCAUAGCAAAUCGAAAUACGAGGUGUUUUCCCCCUCUCAUUCAAGUAGAGCAGCGUAUGGGGCGAAAAAAAAGCUUCUUAUGCUUCGAGAGCUUCGAGUGCCGUUCUAGGAUGAAUUGAGAAGUGAAGCAAAAAACGGCACAGUCGAGUGGGAAAAUUUAGGAAAAUUGCCCACUAACCUAACUGCUAAAUGAAAAUGGCCCUCAAAACCGCGCGGCACGGAUCUGAUAGGUGGUAGUGGGAAGGAGGUGGAAGCGAGGUGGUAGUAACGUUAGCCUAGCUACGGGUAGAAUGGAAUGGAAAACUGUUAAUGCAAUAUGACUUUUAAUUGGGGCAAAAUUAGACACAGUUAUAUUGCAUGGCAAUUUGGAUUACCUUGGGUUUGUUUGCUCGCGCCUGCGGAUGGGGCUGGCGAGAGCUCUUUGUGGUGUAUUAAAGCUGUACAAAUUUGACUAGAAUUAGAAUAUUGCUAGCACCAGACGACUCUAAAAUUUGAUGAGAUAGAUAGCAUUAAGGCCUCGAAAGCCUCAUUAUACGUCUACGACACAUAAUGCUGAAGAGUCAUUGUAAUCUACACUUGAUUUUAACACGAAUUACAAUGAAACUCUUCAUAAAUCUAUACUUUUUGAUAAACUUAAAUCAGAAAAUGAUCGAGGCUUUUUAUUGGAGAGUUUCUGAUGGUGCAGUUCUUAAAUCCCUAAACGCCAGUUAAUGCUUGUUUGAUUCAUAGUAGAACAAAACAUCUAAGAGAUCGUCACGAGUAACUAUGAGCAUACAUAAACAUGCAUAUUGACUUUAACUAUUCAUAUUGAUAAACAUAAAUCAA